AUGGUUACUGUCGCUGCGAAGACUGCGUUCCCGGCGCACGACCCGCGAUGGUUGAUCAGGAAUGAGGCGAGGACAUACGACAAGUUCCCUCAGCAUUUGCAAGAGGAGUGGUGCGGGUAUAACCUGGUGACUCCCAUAAGAUACCCGGUUCCUGUUGGGGCUGUUGUCCCGAAGUUCUAUGGGUACUAUGAGCCCUUCGAGCAGCAUGCAGGGCCGCACAAGGCCGAGUGGGAGAAAAGGAGCCCUAUUUUGUUGCUCGAAGAGUGUGGGUCACCCAUCGAGCCAAAGAACUUUUCUUUGGAUGAGAGAGCUGAGUGCUAUUCGCUCCUCCUCCGUCUGCACCUCGCGGACUUCGUGCAGAACUCGUUCUAUGUGCGGAACAUUCUCGUCCAGCCUGGCCCGUUGACGGCGCCCCCGGAGAAGCGCACGAUGUCCAAGCCCAGCUUCAGGAUCAUCGACUUUGGCCGCGCCCAGUACUUCCCACCGGAAGUCGCCUCGGACAAGAAGAAGUGGGACGAGUUCAAGGAGGCCAGGGUUCGUGAGACCAGAAAGGCUAUGGAGGAAUUGGAGUUUGAACAUGGUAUGCUGACUUGAACUCGCUUGCCGUACCUUUAUGUUUCGUCGAUUGUUCUCUUGCCGCACCAGUUGCUUGUUAUGCUGUCACCAGUUGCUUUCUGAUCCUUUCCUUGCCGUGUAUGAAGAAUUAUGUAUGUUACGCUUGUACCUCCGCGUCGAUAUCGAAUGUUAUUGCAUGAGCUUGAGAUGG